UUUUAGCAUGUGGCUCUCAGUACCAUAGAUGUCUGCUCAGUACAUUAGUUAAAACGGUGUAUGCUUUUGUGAUUAAAAGUAAACAGCAACUUACUAGUGAACACUUUUCCCAUCAAUAGGAGAAAGAUGUCUGUGUUUAUGGAUUUAAACAUCAUCAAUAGUAGUGAUAAAAACAGACUGAAGCACAUCAUAGAGACAGCUGCUCACCUUGGCUACUCAACAGUUGCAAUAAACUAUAUAGUUGAGCCACUACAGAAGAAACAGGAAAUUCCUAACCCACAGAGCAUUUCAGACUUAUUUGAUAAAUUUCCAGUUGUCCAGGGCAAAUCUUCUCCAAUCAAAGUGCUGAAUCGAUUGACAAUUGUUGCAUCUGAUGCAUCUCAUUUUAGACCUACUAAUGAAUACAAAAAAUUUGACCUUGUGGCGGUAUACCCCAAAACAGAAAAACUCUUUCAUGCAGCCUGCAUGACUUUUGAUGUUGACAUUAUCUGCAUUGCAGUGACUGAAAAACAGCCCUUCCAUUUUAAAAGGGCUCCAGUUAAUGGGGCUAUUGACAGGGGGAUCUUUGAGACUUGUUAUGCAGCAGCCAUCAGAGACUCCAUUACGAGGAGAUACACCAUUGCCAAUGCUAUCUGCCUAAUGGAAAUUUGCAAAGGAAAAAAUGUCAUAGUGUCCAGCGGAGCAGAAAGGCAACUUGAACUGAGGGGCCCAUAUGACAUUGCCAAUUUGGGGCUUGUUUUCAGCCUGUCAGAGGGGGACGCCAAAGCUGCUGUGUCAACUAACUGUCGAUCUGUCUUGCUCCAUGGAGAAACGAGAGCAACUGCAUCUGGUGUUAUUCACACCAUGAAGAAACCACUAAUUCUCCAGAAGGAAGAAGAGGACACUCCGGCAUCUAAAAAAGCCAGAAUUGAACUAGCCUAAAUAGCAUUUCAGCUAGAGUUUUUACUAAAUCCUGUUUAUUUUUUCAAAUAUAUCAUAGUGUAUAACUCUGUUACUUCUCAAAGUCUUGCAAAUCACUUGAAAAAUUGAAAGAUGAUACAGAUGUGAUAAAAAUAAUUUUAUUAGUUAAGCUUUAAUAGAAUUGCAAGCAAAAUUUACAUAUAAAUAUUACAAAAUUCCUUAAUUCACAUUCUGUACAGAAGUCAUCCACAAAAAGUACAUUCUGUAAUUAAGUUUUGGAAUAUCAAAUCCCACCAUCAUUCAUGAUUUAAUUUCAGCAGUUUCAUUUGUAUUGCCAUGUCAAAAAAGAAGACUAUAUUUAAUUAGGCUUCUCAUACCUUUCUGUCUACUCUAUGAUAUAAUAAUAAAAAACUCGAAGUGCUUUGCCAAAACUCUCAAAACAUUCUUAUAACUUUCCUUUUUGUAAUGCAACCCUCAAUAAUAUAUCUUUACAUAUUACAUUUUAAUAUGCAGGCUCAUAAUAUCUCAUAAUAGUUUAUUUGGAUGAUAUUAAGCCCAGAGUUGUCCAGGUGGUCAUGUGCUGCUUUUAUUUUUUAUUGUCUUGAAAGUUGUCAAAGAUUGUUUUAGCUCCAUUCUGCCACUCGCACACAUUGUCCAUUGGUGACUUUCCCUCCUGGAGAAUACAAAAUAUUGAUAAGCGUGACCAAGCAAUAGUCCUGAACCUUUGCUAAAAUUGCUUUUUCUGCACUACAAAAAAUUUGACCUCAUAUUCACAGUAAAUUGCUGGCUCAAAUUGCAUUACUUUCACAGUAAAAUACUGUAUGUAAAUUCACAACAAAUUACUUUGAGGUAGUUCACAGUAAGUUACUGUGAUUUUGUUACAUUUAAAUUACUGUGAAAUUACAGCCAUAUAUUGUAACUUCAUCUUAGAUAGUAAAGUCCAUUACUGUGAUUCCACAGUAUUAUCUUGUAGAAUUAACUAUAUUUUACUGUGAAGCAGGCUUUCCUCGGCUAGUCAUUCGGACAUUUACCCUGAAGUUAUGUUCAUUAAUUUAUUUCAUAUUUCCACAUUAACCUUAUAAAAUUAAAUAAAGAUGCAGUGCACCCAAAAAUUACAAUUUUCUAUGACAUUCAUGUCAUUUCAAAACAGUACGAGUUAUUUUUGAGGAUGUAACCAAAUUGUUUUUGGGGCUGCAAUAACAUUGUUAUUUCUAAAUAUCAAAAAGUGCCAAUACUAGCAUAAAAGUUAAUUUGUAUUAUUGACUAUGUUGAAUGAAAUAAAGAGUUUGAAUUUAUAUAACUAACAUUUAAAAGAUAUAGCCCUUUUUGUAGUAAAUUGCUGUAAUCAUGUUAAUUUGAUUGUAUUCAGAAUUUUAUUGUGAAAUAACAUAUUACUGUGAAUAUUUACAGUUAAAUCCUGUAAAAUGAUGCUAAUGUAAUUUACUGUGAAAAAUUACAGUAACGUGAAAAUCUGGAAUUUUCUUAUAGUGUGCUAAAAGGAAAUUCUGAAUAGCUUUUUUCCCCCUACUUGCAAAAAAUCUAUUUACAUAUGUACCAGAAGAUGGCACUGUCUACAGUUUAAGCAAAAAUCUCUAGUGAAAUACAUUUAGGCAUGACAGCUGAGAAUUUAAUGGCUACACCCUGUGAAAAUGGUUACCUUUUAUUAGUAUCUGUAUACUGAAUCAUCAGCAACAGGAUUGUAUAAUAAAAUUUUAAAAAUACUUACAAAGUUCUUGAUUUGUAAGUCUCCUCCAUGCAGUAAAAGAAGCUGGAUGAGUUUGAACCGAUUCAGGCUGACUGCGUCGUGCAAUGGCGUGUCACCCUCCUGAUGUAAAACAAGGUUUAUUAAAGGAGGAUUAAAAAGGU